UGACAGGAAAGCGCGCGAACCAACAUGGAUGGUGAGUGUAAAUUGCUUCAAAUUUUAUCGUAAAAUAUCAUUAUUUUUAUUGUCAGUUUCUUCUCCCUGCUUACGUCAAUGUUUUGUGGAUGUCAAUAUUUUAGUUCCGAUGGUUGAGCAGGCGCUUGCUCGCUACAAAUGCGAUGCAAACACGGCGGUUCGCUUCAAACUUGGUAAGAGAUAGGGACCAAAAACAUAUACCGUAAAAUCCUUUUGAUAAAGUUUCUUCUAGUGUAGUUAUAAUUUACGAUAUUGAGCACAAGACAAUACCACUGUUAAUCAAACAUGGUCACAGCUCAAUGUCCAAUGGCGUUCAAUUACUGAUUACAAUCAGGACGUAUCUAAUCGAUAGAAAUCGAUCAUCGAAAAUGUAAUCGAUUAAUUGAUAAUACUCGAUAGUACUCGAUAUUUGUCGAUUGAUUAGUCAAAUCGAUAAUCACAAAUUUUGAUUUUUGUCGCAUAUAUCGAAAUCGAAAAUCAAAAACGUGACCUGAUCUUAUCAUAACACUGCGUAACACUUACCUUCAAGCUUACCUUGGAAUCCGCUUUGUUGAGAAAGAUGAUAUUACUUCUUUCUCCAAUGUGAUCUUUGUGAAGGCGGAAAUGACAAUUGCGUUACGGUUGCCUUGUUUAUAGUUUGGAGGAGGUUAAUGUUGAAAUAUGAAACAGAACGAGAAGAGGACUCGAGAUAUCGUAACAACAAGCAUGACUUUAAUCGUGAAGGCGGAAACGAUAGUUUCGUAACAGUGGCAUUGUUUAUGUUUUAAUCCUUUUCAAUUUCAAAAUUUAUUAAAAAUCCUAUAGUAAAUCUUAAAUAAAGUGUAAAUGGAAUGUUUUUCAGUUCAGUUUGGACUACUGUGUAUUAGUUCAAAUGAGUUGUGACUCAUUCUAGCGUAAAACUGAGAACUUUAUGAAAGAGAAUCUUCGUCCAUUUUCUUUUCGAUCAUUGUCAAACAAAUCGAUAAAAUCAAUAGCUAAUUACAGAAAUUGAUCAAAAUCGAUAAUCACAAAGACGCGAGUGAUCGAUUUCUAUCAAUUUCCGAUAGUAAUUGAUUGAUUAGUAUCGAUUACGAUUAAUUACGUUCAAUUUCUAUCGAGUAUCAAAAACAUCGAUUAGAUAUGUCCUGUUACAAUUUAGGUGAUCAUUUACUGUCUGGUUUGGGUCAUUCCAAAAAAGGGUAAUAGCCACAGCCCCCUAUAGACAAGGUAAGAUAUAACUUGACCCUUGAGAAAAUAAAAAAAGAUUGACAAUGUGCCGACACAUUGCCAUAUUUGAAUGAGCCCCCUUCCCCCCCAUUUUUUCUCAUGCCUCUCAGAAAUAUUCCGGCAAAGAUCAAAGGUGCUGACACAGCCUAGCCUGGUAGUAGAAAUAGCUUUCAAAGUCCCCUUAGAAAAUCUCAUCCAUGCGAGGAGAUGUGGAUAUUAAAUGGAAUGUCCACCACUUUUUAGAUUCUUGAUAUAAAGUGCCUUGUGUUUUUUUUUUGGUAUGAGAAACAGUGGGACUGAUAUGAAAAGCAGAGAGACUUUAUACUAAACAGAAUAUCACAAAAGAAAUGGCAACAAAUGACAGUGGCAGAUCCAAUCCAUGCCUUCAUAUAAAGGGGGGCCAGGUCUCAAAAAAACCUUUUUUGGCUCUUUGGGCCUCUUAUUUGUACUAUAAUCAGAGAACUCUAAAAAACAAAAAAAAGCGUCAUAUUCCCGAUAUAAAAACAAAACUGAAAAAACACAAAAACCCAGCUGCGUGAGACACCUACUCCAUGAAGAAAAAAGAGAUGCUAAAUUAAAAUGAUUUUGUCUAGUGUGUUGUGGUUCGGGUUGGUACAGUGGGGGGUUGGGGGCGGGGGCCUGGAUCUGCCACUGAACGACAUUGAAAAGGGGUUGAAACUGUGACAAUGACAUGGAAAAUUACAAAUACAGUAGUCAAAUAUCAACAGCUACAUGGCCUCCUUUUCAAUAUGCGAAACGACUUCAUUGAAAUUCAGACUUGGGACAUAGGUAUCCUCUUAAGAGGGCUUUCUAUAACCAAACAAAUUUUUUUUAUUGCAGUUCAGUGUGAGAAUGAUGUAUUCGACAAAGGAAAAGAGUUUCAGCCAGCGUUUUCUCAUCAGAUAUUUGGACAAAAGUGAGUGGUUGUUAAUAAACCAAAAUAAGGUUCAGGGGUUUGCUGUCACAGAUGGAGGCAACUUGUUUUCCUUCACUUCACCAUAGGGACCUUAAGAUCCGAGGACGGUGACGGCAGAGAAAACGUUGCUGAAAAAGUGAAUUCGCGUUCUUUCAAUCUUCAUCGCGAUUACUCCAAGUCACUAACUUUUUCAAAUGUAGGCGAACCAUCCUAAAGUUGAAUUCCUAAGAACCAUAUCCAAGUGCAGAAAGGAGAGAAGAAAUUUCAUCGUCGCUUGUGUACUUCCUCCGUACAACGUGAAAUUAGGCAUUUUCUCGUCGUAGUCCUGCAGUGACUGCAAUGAAAUCUACAAAAAAGCGUGAUGCACGUGCAAAAUUGUUGUUUUGCUAAUAAAUUAAACCUAUUGCUUUUGUGGCGUUCUCGUUGCCAUCGCUGUCAUUGGAUGUUAAGGUUCCUAUUAGCCCAUUACAGUUACAGGUGGAAACAAGGUUGGAGCUGACCUUGUUUAUGAUACAACCCUGCCAGCUUUAUUAUGUAGAUCAAUGUUUCUACUAUAUAAAUCAUGUUGUUCUUAAUGCUAACUAGUAUUUUUAAGCCUAAUCUUCCUAAUGAAAAGGAAAGAGGUUUGUAUCACAACAAAGUCAACCUCAACCUCACAUUUACUCAAAGGCUUGGAAACUAAGCCCACAACUGGAAAGCUGCCUUCGUAUAGACAUAAAAAAUUGUAAGUUAUAUCUGAUUCUUUCUAAUCAUUCUCUAGCGGGAGAAGACAGCCAACUUUUUUGCGACGGCACCACUAGCAAAUUUUCAUCCACUCAGAAGCACCACCCAGAUCUGAAUUUUUGCACUCGUUUCUCGGAUGUCAUUUUGCAGGGAACCAGUGGUGAAGUCACAAAAUUAUGGUAUUUUUCCUUAGGUUAAUUAUUCUCUACACAUACCAUUACCAGAAAAGAUGAUGUUAUUGUCUUCUAAUUCUUUUGUUUUCUUGUGCAGUGAAACCAUCUUUGGAUAUAGCAAUUUGGAAGUGCAGGUAUACAAAUUAUUAACUGAUGUACACUGUGGUACAACUUUCUACACUGGUGUUGCACAUAGACAUUGUUUAUUCUCAAAUUUUGGUUAUAAACUGAGAAGACAGAUUUUGUUUAAAUUCAAUUGAAAGUAUAUUAUUAUUGAGGCAAAAAAAUAAACAAGCAAAAUAAAGAAAACUACAGUUUAAUUGUAAAAAAGUCAUUUUUUUCUACUAAAAAUGUAUAAUAUAUAUUUUUAGUAGAAAAAAAUGACUUUUUAUAUUUUCUAGUUGUACUAUCAUAGUGGCAGCCUGUUGACCUAUAUGGGGAUGAAACACGAUGGAGAAGUGAACAGCAAAAUUGUAAAUGGAGUUGAGGUAAGUGAUAUGAUAGUAAAUACGCACCAGUCUCAUAUCGGUAAACACUGUUUAACCCUUGGAUUCUACAAUCUUGGACAAAAAUGUUAGGAAAAAUGGACAUGACCAUAUCUAGUUUCAAGAUAAAGCUCGUGAAAGCACUGGCAACUACAAAAUACAACCCCUUCCUCCAAAAAAACAAUGUUGAAGCCCAGAUGGAUUAUUUCUGGCCUCGACUAAACAGUUUUGACUAGGGUGGGGUGAGAAGAUCAGAGGGACCAUAACAGUACCAAAUUUGUGGGAUACACAUUCUGUAGGUAAGAAAAGUGCAAAAUUCUUAACACUUUUUGUCCACGAUUGUAGCAUAAUAUCCUUAACCCUUCAUUCUCAGGGGUGUAUUCAUUGAAUUUUCUUCUGGUACAUUUCUCAGGGAGAACUGCCUUUUAGGAAUCAGGACUGUGCUCUAAGAAACAUAUGAGAGGGAACCUGGCAUAUAAUUUUUUUCUGAAAAAAACUAUGAUUUUCUAGUGGCCCAAGAGUGAAAGUAAGACAACAGGGGCCAACAGUAGCUGUCCCUUUAAUAAAGAACUUUGAAAACACUGGUAAAAGAGGGGGUUGUAAGAGUUUGGGGUCCUACAUUUUGUGGGAAAUUUUUACUUUAACCUGCUGUAUUGCAUUAUUGUAUUGUAUGCCUUGCAUUAUUAUUUUUAUGAACCUCCCUGGGCUAAAUUGUUAAUCCCCAUCGUUUUCUUUUUUGCAGCCUGACCCUGUUCUGAGUGACAUUGCCAAAAAUUACCCCGCAGGUAGGUAAUUAUGAUAAUAAUGCUGAUGAUGAUGACGACAAUGACGACGACAAUACAGAUAUACAUAUAAAAAUAAUUAUGAUCUUCAAGGAAUUGAAUCAGGUGGGAAUAAUUGUAACCAUUUUGUUCUCUCUGGGUUAUUUUCAAUUUUUGCCUUAUCCUUGAUAUUGUAUCAUUCUAGGUUGUCUGACAAAUUUAGAUGAGUUUAUUGCAAAACUUCCUGAAGAAGCCAAAUUCACCCCAAUGGGAGAGUUGCUUCAUUCAUACAAGUGCAGUGAUGUCGAGUAUGAAAUCUAUAAGGUAAUAUUUUAUUAUGUUAGCCUGAGCCACUUCGCAGUACUUUUUUGUAACUUUUCUUUAAGUAAUGAUAACUCCAUGCAUAUGCUCUAUGCUCUUAAUUCUUAGUCAUGUUCCUUUUUAACCCUGAUUCACAUAUUUCUAGACCAAUGAACUAAACUUAAAUUCCUUCCAUUAAUGCACCUUAUUUGAGUGUCAAUGUAUUUAGUACAACUUGGACCCUAUUUUUACGUCUCCUGCCAGAGAUGGGACGGGACUGCCAUUUUACGUGGUCAUCUGAGCCAUGAAAAGGUCUAGCAGUUUGCAGGGCAAAGACAGUACCUUCAUUUCUCCAUUCCGUUAAGACCUGGAGUAUUGGUCCAGGAUAAGACCCUGAAUUUCUCUCAACUAUACCGUAUAAUAUUACUGCCAGUGCAUAUUUCCAAACAAAGAGGCAAAAUGACCUACACAGUUAAAAAGUUCUACUGUGUGCAUCGUAAUUUUUUAUAUGAUUAAGAGGAAAUUUAAUCCCCUCACUUUGUCCUCUUGGGAGAUGAUUUUUUUGCCGUAGGCCUAAAUAUGUUAGAGUGAGAAAUAUUGUCUGACAGUCUAAGUGUGGUGAUCAUGUAUUCCCCAGGCCGAUGUUAUGACACCAAGACUCAAGGAUUAUCAUAAAAGACUCCAGACGUUUUUGUUAUGGUUCGUUGAUGGGUCAUCAUACAUAGGUACAAACAGUAACAAGUACAUCCAAAGUUAAAGAAUAUCAGUAAUUUCCAGUGAUUUUGUUACAAAUAGUUAUGGUGAGUCCUGUGACUCAUCUUGUGAAAAAUCAUGAGUUCUAGUCCAGAACCAAUGAGCCCCUGUUAAAAAAAGAGUUUGAAAUUGAAAAUGCUUGGGCCUUUAUGUAACCAGACAGUUAAUCUGAAGACAGGCUCCAAAAAUCUGUAUUACAGUAUACUGAAAUUAAAAUACAGUCCUUCUAUUUCAAAGCACAACAAAGGCUGAAAGAUCUAUGCAUUGUUAAGCAACAGCCCUAAAUGCUGCAGAAAUUACAGGAACGGGCCGGGUAUUUCUACAAACACACAUGUUCAAACUUAAAACGCAUGCCAUAAAUAAUUUUGCAUCUUUAAAGAUUUUUAUGUGUCAGGGAUGCAGGACGCAGAUGUAACAAAAUCACUGAGUUUCUUAGUGUUGUUGACGGAUAUGAUUAGCAAAUGAUGUAAUACAAUGAUUGAAAAGACACUGUCCAAUACCCACAACACAAUACAAUCCUAUGUACAAUGCCUUCUGCAACACCAAGAAAUACCCAGUAUGUCCAUCUCACUAUUUUGAAUAAUCUGCCCUAGAAAUAAGAUCAGGAUGGUAGGUAUAAUGCCCUGAUGUACCUUUGUAAAGAUUUUGUCUGCUAAAACCAGUAUAGUCACUAUUUAUUUCUGUGCUGUCUCAUUUAGAUUCAGACGAUGAAAUGUGGACAUUCUUCCUUUUGUAAGUAAUGAAUUUAAGAUUUAACUUGGUGUACUUCCUUCUUUCUAACAUUAUUUUAUAUCUAAAAAACUUUUAAGACAUCUUUCUUAACCGUUGGUGUACAUAUUCUUUGCAGAUUUGAGAAGAGAAAAGAGGCCGGCAAUGUCUAUUACAGUAUUGUGGGCUAUUCAACAGUCUACCAGUACUAUGCGUACCCUGAUAAGAUAAGGCCUCGUAUAAGGUAGAUUUUUAUCCUUCUUUUUGUACUCCUCAAGUUUUAGUUAAAAGUCAUUUUGUAGGUAGACAAAAUUUGAUCAAGGCUGCUACCAAGGCUGUCAUUUAGAAGCGGGGGUCGGGGAUUUCCCCUGGCUACUAUGUUCUUGGCCCCCAGCUUCUUUCAUAGGAAAAUAGAAGAACAAUAGAACCAAAAGAAACCUCUAGCUGUUUUAUUCCCUGCCUACUUGCUGUAUUUACCCGGCAACUUGAAAUCUUAUUGACAUCCCUGUGUUACAAAGGGGCGUGGCCAGGGGACAGGGAUUUUCCCAGGCUCCUACAAGUAUGACCACCAGCUACUUUCACAGGAAAAAAAGGAAAACUGAACCAAAAGAACGUCUUAGCUUUUCAAUAUUCCUUAACUACUAGUAAUAUUAUUUAGCCAGUGCAUUUUAAGACGGAAUCCACCAGGAAAUUGAGUAUUUUGAUUAUUAGUGGACAAAAACCUUGUGCCAGAAUAAUUUAAAGAAUAUUACAUUCUUUUUCACAGUUUCCAAGGCCUAAAGAUAUAAUUAGUCAUCUGUAAUAACACCAAAGAAAAUUUCCCAUGGGAGUCCGAGAAAAUGAAUGUCAAAUUUCACAAGAAUUGUGAAAACACAGGUAAAAUUUUGAAAAUUUCAAGUGUAAGAUGUAAUUUUGUGAAGUUUGACAUUCAUUUUCUUGGGCUCCCACAAGAAAUUUACAUUGGUGUUACUACAGAUGACUAAUUACAUCUUUAGCCCUUCAAAAAUUUAAAAAAUAAUGCAAUUUUCUUUAAAUUAUUCUUGUACAAGGUUUUUGUCCACUGAAAAUUAAAAUUACUCAAUUACCUGGUGGAUUCCUUUUUAAAAUCUGAGUAACAACCCUGCUUGACCCUUUGACUUUGUAGUCUAUGUGCAUGCAAUUAGGAAAUUAGGGACAUAGUUGACGUUGAUUUUAUUUAAGACACAGAAUUUCCCCUGAAAAUAGAGAUUCCAUUACUUUUUGCUCUUUGUUUUUUCUUUACAGUCAGAUGCUUAUUCUUCCUCCUUUUCAAAGACAAGGACAUGGAGGUAGACCAUUUAACUACAAAUUCAACUGUGCAUUUGUUACAAACUGGCAUCAAUAAUAGAGUCGAACCUCUUGUAAGAGGUCACCCAAAAUGUGAAGAGUUAGUGGUUGCUUACAGAAGUGCUCAUUUACCAGAGUUGAACUGCAGGAAAUCUUUAACAAGGAGAAGUCCAGACGCAUCUACUUUUUGGAGAGAAUGUAUUGCAUGCAAUUUUUAGGUUACAAUAACGUGAACCCAUGUUGUUUCUUACAGUUUCCUCAUACUCUGAGUAACCAUAAUACAUACCCAGGAGGGGUACUCCGGAUUUCAAGUGACAGGGAUGAUCGAAAAGGGACAAAAAUCAAAAUCCGAAAAAAUCCCUAGGGCUUCCGACAAAACCCAAAAAAAUCGGUAGACCAAAAAUUAACUCCCCAAAAAUCCCAUGCUGAAUUUCCGAGCCUUAGAUGGAGUGUAAUGCAUUAAAUAUUAAAACAGCUGCAAAAAUCCCCCAAAAGUUCAUAUACUUAAAUCAAGCCACCCAAAAAUAUACUUUUCCUGCCCAAAAAAAUCCCGGAAUCAAAAAUUUCAAACCCAGAAAAAUCCUUCAAUCAUCCCCGUCACUCGAAUUCCAGAGUACCACCCUAGGAACACAUACAUCAAAUACAUCUAAAGCAGUCAAACUAAAAUGCAGUUGCAGUCACUCUCAAGAGGCAGUCAUAUAUGAGAGGUUCCAAUUAUAAGGCUAUGACUGGGAAAAUGUUUGGUUUUGGAUAAACAGUCGCUUAUAGGAGGCGGUUGCUUAAUUACAAGAGGUUAUCACACAUGGAUGUUUGACUGUUUAAGAUUGUAUGGUUUGCUAUUAUCUUGUCAGUUCAGUUGCUCCAAACCGUUGAUAGAUUCUACGUCAAGAAUCCGCGGGUGCUAGACAUAACAGGUAUGUAUGAUUAUUUUUGAAGUUAUGACUGUGCCAUUGUACUGUAAAUGAUAGGACUAGGGUUCUUCAGAAGCUCUGAUGACUGGCAGAAAUUGCCAUUUAGCCACUACAGAAGCAUUGCCUAUUCUCAAAAAAUAAUUUUAGCGGCAUAAGAAAUCGUUGCAUUAAUUGUUUGUUAAUGCUUUUGUACAAUAAAAAAAAAUUAAAUGAAGCAAAUGUGGCUUAAUAAAGGUACUAUCUGAGACUGUCCAAUCAUCCCAAUCUCAUCAGGAUUGUCCCAAUUUUGCUUGAAAAUCCUGAAUCCUGACCAAUAUGUGAUUGGGAUAGCAAAAAUCUGGAUUUUGACACAGCAUGCAGAAAAAGUAGUGCCUGAUAGCCCGGGGCUAGUGGAUUUUGCUAUCGGGCUAGUGAAUUCUGUUAUUAACUUGCCCAACAGGCAAGUGAAGUUGAGUAAUUCAAAUUACAGAAGAACUGUGAAAUCAAUCUGCUCAUCAAAACGUUUUUUGGGCUAGUUGAAAUGAUAUUUGGGCCAGUAAAUGUAAGCUUCAUCUUGCCCAAAUGGCAAGCUGUAAAAAUGACUUCCUUUGCACGCUGUGACAUCUGUUCUGAUAUUUUCAAAUGAAUUGUUACGAUAUAAAUUUUAUACAAGAACACAAAAUAUACAAUAAAAUUGAGUACUUGCACAAGAAGCCAUGCAAAUAAAAAUAAGCAUAAAAAUGACAAUCGAUUUAGUGAAUGUUCUAGACAGUAAGUGUCCUCUCAGGAUGCUAGAAAUGGCAUUUCAGAGCAUCAAGAUUUCAAAAUUAUCUGGGAGAGCAGCCCGUCGCCCCCUUAGAGGCUCACGCCGUCGGCUCUCGCGUCAUCCAUAGAUGAUAGAAAAAUAUCCCGAUUUUACAUACUCAGAAGGUUGAACAGUCUGCUAUCACCAUGGCUAAAAUUCUCUCCCUAGCUGCUCAAAGUGCACUUUUUACCCUCGCUCUUCCUCUCCCCAAAGGCCUCCAGAAAGAUCUCCCUCAAUUGGAAGGUGGGUAACCCUCUCUCAUGACGUGCUUGAAUGCUUCCCCCAUAUAAGGCUAUGACAUGAUAACCCACCCUCUUCAGUGUCUUCCCUAGGUGGUGUGGUUUUGUUUACAGCCCUUGACGGCAGCUCUGUUUACAGCUGAACCCCACUUUAUGGACACAGCUUUGUCCCUGGGGAAAGAAGGCCUUUAUAUUUUCUCAAAGUCACUUUCUAUAGACCCAUCAGUGUCUUUAUUAACGGAGUUUGACUGUAUCAUUAUUUCCAGUAUUUGACUGGCACUCUGACCACUUAAAGGAGCUGUGUCACGAAAUUCAGACAAAUUAGGUAAUAAUUACAAAAUACCCGUUAAAUUAAGAUAAACAAAAAUAACCGCUCAAAACAUUAAAGGAAGUUUAAAAUAACACAACAGAAACAGCAGAUUCCACGGAUGGGCUAAACUGAAGAAGAUUGAAAAGGAUUGAAAUAAGGGUUUUUGAAAACUGUUCAGCCUAACAGUUUUUCGAAGUUGAUCCCCGCUGCUUGCAACUUCGAAAAUAAUGCUCAAGAGUACAGAUUUGAUUGCCUCGGAUCUCUGAUUUUGUCAUUUACAUAUAAUUUCUUUGCUUACUUCAAGUUCUAUAGCGACUGAGGGCGAGUAAUUGGCAAAACUAAACAAAAUGAACUGGACUGCCGUGACACAACCCCUUUAAUUCUCUACUUUCUGUCAAGUUAGAUCCAAACUCAAACAUAGAACAUGGCAGAUUCACAAAGUCCAAAAACUAUUCUCCAUCUUUUUCUUAGUGGAGGAGCCUUCAUCUGACUUCUUGAAGUUGAGGGAUUAUGUAGAUGCCUUAGAUUGCAGGAACCUGUCAGCAUUUUCACCGGAAAACUUACGAAGUGGCUUCAGUGAUAAAAUGGUGCAGCAAGCAAGAGAAGAACUCAAGAUCAACAAGGUAAAGAAUGAUGUUGAAACCCAGGUUCAGGGGCGUAGCCAGGAUUUUUCAAAGGGGGGGUCACAGACAGGGACACCAUCCGGGGAUUGCGGACUAUAAUGGUUUAUACCGCUGCUCUCCCUCAUGUAUCAGCGGGCUCAGUCUUAUUCUCUCGGCAUGAAGCGCCAUAUUAACUAAAGACAAGAGCCGUUGACGAAAAUACUUUACAAAAAAACAAGUUUUAAAGAAGUGGGCUUUUCAACAAUGGCUUUUACGGCCAAGAUAUUGUCAUGGCGUUUUGGCCACCUGAAUAUUGUUGGUUGUUUGCUCAAAAGAAGGCCUACCAAGGGGGGGUCACGGGCACUCCAGGACCCCCCCCCCCCCCCCCCCCCCCCCCCCCCCGGGGGGGGAAGUUUUUGUUACGGUGGGGGUCCUUUUUUUUUUUUUUUUUUUUUUUACUUUUUUUCACCUCUCCUCUUUUUUUCUUGUUUGUUCUUCCCAUUUUAUGUUACAAAAAAAAAAAUUUUUAAAGAGUGGGGUUUUUAAAAAAGGGUUUUUCGGGCCAGAUAUUGUUAUGGGGUUUUGGGCACCCGUAAUUUUUUGGGUUUUUUUGCAAAAAAAGGGCCCCCAAGGGGGGGGCACGGGGCCCCCAGGGCCCCCCCCCCCCCCCUAGCUAUGCCCCUGAGGUUGUAGUAUUAUUGAAAUGUCGUGGCCUCAUUUUUUUUUAUUUGCAUGAUUCACAUUUUACCAUGUCUCCUUUACUAAGUUACAGAUUCCAAAUACUUAAUUUCAUAUAUGUUGAAAUAUUACCUUGUAGCUUCAGUGCAGGAGAGUAUAUGAAAUUCUACGUCUCCGUGUGACAGAUCUUAGUAAUGCUGAGGAAUACAAGGCCUACAGGCUUGAAGUGAAAAACAGACUCAACAUUCCAUUCCAGGUAUGUAAAAUAAUGUAUAAGUUUUGGAUGUUAUCACAUGAACUAGGGAAGUUGCCCUCAUAAAUUAUCUUCUUUCUUCUCAGUUCCUGUCACUACCAUUUUUCUUUCUCCACCAUUCCUUUUCUCCCACACUAUAUAGUACAGGCCUGGCCCCGGUUGUUAAAACAUUAGAUAGCGCUAUCCACUGGAUAAAUAAUAAAUUAUUACUAUCCAAUGGAUAAGUAUUAGGGAAACCAAUUGCAUUAUUCAGUGGAUAGAGUGUUAUCCACCUUUUGAACAACUGGGGUGUGGCAUCUUGGUUACCACUCCCUUUUUUUCUCUUGUUCUCCUACCACCUUCCUUUUUGUCAUCCCCAUUUCUUGCUUUUUUUUUAGUUUCUGAUUUCUCUACCACUCCCUCUUCACAUUGUCAGAGGUAAUGCUCCCUAUCUCCCCAUCAUAAAAUAAUAGCUGGCUUUUGUUUAGUUCCCUCCCCAUUUUUUUUCUCUGCUCAUUCCUUAUUGCUUUUCUCACAGUCCUUCUCCUCCCGCCUCUCAGAUUCCACAUCCCUGUCUUUCCAAUAUCUUCCACUUCCCACUCCUUUUAUCUCAGUUCCACAAACGUUCUUCCCAUAACUGCCCCGUUAUCUCUGUUCCUGCUUUUCAUUCAUCCAGUUGUCAGGAAACAUCUUCGCUCUGACCACAUGACCCGAAACGCUUUGGCCGCACAGCAUAAUAAGGCCUAGGGACAAGGCAAAUUGUCACUCAUGCCGUUUUUCCCUGCUCCCACCCACUUUCUUCCUCAAUUUCCUUCAUUUUCCCUCUUUUGUUGAUUACUGAAGUUUGCCCUUUGGGAAUGACAAUCCCAUUGGCUCAAUACAGAACAGUUCUUAGAUGGAUUAUUCCAAUGUUAAUGCCAAUAAUGCACCCCACUGGAGAUCUGUUAUUCUUUUGGGCCACGUGUAGUAACGUUCAACAAUAUUAUUAUUCAUUUUCAGAAAGAGAAAGCUGAUAUGGAGAAAUUAAAACGUUUGUUGAAGCCUGAGGAACUGACUGCCACUCAGCAGACACAGCAUGAACGAAUGCAGUACCUGGAUCAAGUCUAUCAAGAGCUGGAAGCACAUUACAAGAAGACUAUAGAGAAAAUGGCUGCUUCUUAAUGGCUAUAAAUUGACUCUAGAUUUGAGUUAGUUUUGAGGUGUCAGUGAUUAAACUCUGAAGUCUGUUGUUAGAAACUAACAGAAAAAAUGUGAAGAACACCAUACACGGAAGUACUGCUCAGCGCAUUGGGCUUCAUAAGGACACAAAGACCGUUUAACUUGUCUUUUUGUACUUAAAUAGCAGCCUGCCCUUUAAGAUAACAGGAGCAAAAGAUCUCAGCA